UGUAGGUUCACUCCAACCCUAAUCUAGCACACCUGAUUCUAAUAAUUAGCUGAACUAGGUUAAUUAAUCUCCAGGAACAAGGUUGGAAACACCUGCACUAGAGUAUAUUACACUAUACAACCUUUGUCUUGAUCUGAUCCACAUUCUGAUUGUGCCCACAUACAUCUACACAUGAUAGUAAAACAUGUCUCUUAUCCGUCCACAUUGUGACCAGAUAUCCUGGUCCCUCCCUGUAUGUAAGUUAUUUGACAGAUAUUAUUUUAAAAAGACACAUAUUGAUGCCAUAAGUCAAUGGCAUUUACCCACCAAUGAUUUUAGAGAGCAGGUGGUGAUGAUUUAAAUGGUUUAAAACUUUCACUGUUCCGAUCAGUCUAUAUUUGUAAGGUUUCAUCUACACCAGUGUUUCCCCAACACCAGUCCUUGAUUAACCCAAUAGCACACAUUUUUGCUGUAGCCCCGGACAAACUCAAUGGUUACAAUUUUUUGUAUUUAUUAGCGAUCCCCAUCCUCACUACUCUUCCUGAGGUCCAAACACAUUAAGGCACUUACACAAAACAAGAGAUAACAGUACAUCCAUCAUAUACGAAUACACCACUAUAUAGCUACAACACAAAAUGUAUGAUACCACCAUACAACAAUAUUACAAUGUGUGUGUCUGUACCUGUGUGUCCUUUCACAGUCCCCGCUGUCCAUAAGGUGUACUUUUAUGUUUAAAAUAAAUAUAUAUUUAUACUGCAUCAGUUACCUGAAGUGGAAUAUAGUUCCACGUAGUCAUGGCUCUAUUUAAUGCUGUGCGCCUCCCACAAUCUGCACUGGAUUUGGGGAGUGUGAAGAGACCGCUGCUGGCAUGUCUUGUGGGGUUGAUGACAAGUUGAAUCCGAUGUGCUUGUCCGGGGCUACAUCUAAAAUGUGUACUGUUGGGGCUACUCGAGGACUGGAGUUAGAAAACACUGGUCUACACAGGCACUAAUUGUUUUUUUGACCAAUCGGCACGGGAAAAGUUUUGAUGUGAUUGGUCAAAAUACCAAUUAGUGGAAAAAUAUCAGAAUUGGACUGUGUGUAAACGCAGCCUACGCUAUUCAGACACAAUGCAUAUCUGACUACCUCCAGAGGUGGGCAGGAAUAUCUGAUCACAAUGCAUCUUCUAAUCAUCUACACCUGUCUAAAAAUAUGGGCACAAUCGGAAUGUGGACGUGAUCAGGACAAAGGACUGAUGUAGGAACCAGGUAUAAAUGGGGCUAUUGAUUGCAGCAAUCCUUGGUAAACCAGUUUAGCACCCGAGGAAAGUAUUUGAACCCUGAGAUGUCAUUCAGAUUCCUGGCUGAAUGACACAACACCUCACCUUAUCACUUUUUCUCUUUAGCCUCCCUUCAUCCAAUAUCAGAGGUAAAGUUGGUGUAUCCUCUGUCAUGCAUCCAACCGCCCUCCUGUUGCUGCUGACCGCCUACGUGGUUCAUGGUUCACUGCUGCAAUUUGCCAGAAUGAUCAAGUGCACCCAGCCUGGUGUCAACCCCUUCAUGUAUAAUAACUACGGCUGUUGGUGUGGCUUGGGGGGGACUGGCAAGCCAAGGGAUGAGCUGGAUGGGUGUUGUGAGGUCCACGACCACUGCUAUGAAGCGAGCAGGCAUCUUCCAGAUUGCCGUCCCGUCAUUGAUUACCCUUACAUCAAUCUGUAUAGAUUCUCUUGCGCUAAUGGGCAGGUCUCCUGUUCAGCCUCCAGCCACCACGUGUGCCAGGUCUCAGUGUGUGAGUGUGACCGUGUCGCCACCAACUGCUUCGCCCAGUCAACCUACAACCCUAAGAACAAGAACCUGGACCCCAAAGUCCACUGUCUCUCCUGAGCCAAGUCAAAUCUGGAAGCAGCACCAACUGUAGAUUCACAGAAUGUUUAUGAAUCCUGUUUCAUGCAUAAUGCAUAAUGUUUGCUGUAAUGGAAUUUAUUUUGCUAACAACUGACAACCUGAUUAAAUUAUUGAAUGGCA